AUGUGUAUUUCCUUAUCAACGUCUCAUAUGAAACAAUGCAUAAUGUCGGAGCAGCGAUUCGAUUUUUUACGCGAAUUGGUUAAGAACAUACCGGAUAUAAGUGUGGCUGAAGAAGCGGCCCAAUAUCAAGACGAUGACAAUCAAAGUUCUAAUGAAGAACCCUGUAACGAUUCGGAUACACCAUACUAUUUAAGUAUGCCAUCAACUUCCACCCAAAGACACCAUCACAAUUCCUUUAACGGUGGCGGAGGAGAAGGCGAUAAUGGAGAUGAUGCCGUCAGUGCAAAUGGGUUCACCACACAGCCCAAACGAGCAGACCUCGAGCACAGCAGCCAUUAUCAGCAUGUAAAACGUGAAACACCAGAGUCGAGCAGUCAUCGGUUAAAAUUGAGACGUUUAUUACCGAAAUCUUCAAAUUCCUCUUCUUAUUUGCCCACAAUUUUGCCCACAGCAAAUACUAACAAUGUCAAUAGUGCAUCCUUAAGGGAUUUAAAUGUUUUGUCAAAUUUAAGCGAAACGCAACGUCUCAAACAUCAGUCACAUUCGCUUUCAUCGAAUAGCAACAAUCGUCAAAAUACUCUUACAAAUGCAACCACGACGACAACAGCAACAAUACCGCCAUCAUCAUCAUCAUCAUCAUUAUCAUCAUCAUCAUCAUCAAUAACUAUACCAAAUAAAUUACAACAAAAACAAACUGCCAUACCCGCGCCUAUCGUUAGCAUCGGUUUUUGCAACAAACCUGUAGUCAAAAUAGAUUAUAGCAGUUUAUCAGCAGCGGAUCCAACCACAACGACAGCAGGUUCCUGCCCCUCGAGAGCACCCGCCACUAUGGCAAAUACAUUCAAUUUUUCGGCUGACUGUGGGGCUACUACACCAGUUAUAAAUAUAGAUCUUUCCAACAUGGUGGGAAAUGUUGCAACCGAUUUAACCACCACCAACAAAAAAACAUCACAAGCUAACGUAGUUAGUAUUGGUGUAACUUCCGCAUCAAAUAUUGACGGGGUAACCAAAGUUUCAAUCGAUUCAAAGAGUUCAUCGAACGAUUCGACAGUAAGAUCUACAUCGAUAAUAUCAUCUAAAAGCAACCCGUGUUUGGAUUUAGAUGAGGACUAUGACGAUUUAUGA